AUGCCCGCAGCUAAGCAAAACAAGUUCCUCGUAUGGGGUGCAGGAGGAUGGAUCGGUGGUCAGAUGAUCGAUCUUCUCAAGCAACAAGGCAAGACAGUUCUCGGGACCACGAUCCGCAUGGAAGAGCAACAAGAAGUCCGAGAAUGCCUCGACACAAUCAAACCUUCACAUGUCAUCAACUGUGCUGGCAAGACAGGAAGACCCAACGUCGACUGGUGCGAGGACCACAAGAUCGAGACUAUGCAAGCCAACGGUCUCGGAGCCCUCAUCCUGACGAACGAAUGCUACACGAGAGGAAUUCACCUCACCCACCUAGCCACAGGCUGCAUCUACACCUCAACCUACACCCCAGACUACACCAAAGUCCUCAGCGCGCCCUUCAAAGAAACCGACCGCCCCAACUUCACCGGCUCCUUCUACUCCGCCACCAAAGCCCCCAUCGAAACCUUCCUGAAAAACUUCCCUCAAACCCUCAUCCUCCGCCUGCGCAUGCCCGUCUCCGCCGACCUGCACCCGCGCUCCUUCGUCACCAAAAUCUCCACGUACAAAAAAGUCGUCAACGUCCCCAACUCCCAUUCCCUCCUCCCGGACCUCCUCCCCAUCGCCAUCGCCAUGUCCGAACACCGCGAGGAGGGAGUCUACAAUUUCACCAACCCGGGAGAAGCGAUUUCGCAUAAUGAGGUGUUGCGGUUGUAUCGAGAGAUUUUGGCGCCCGGGUAUGCUUGGGAGAAUUUUACGCUCGAGGAGCAGGCGAGGGUUAUCAAGGCGGAGAGGAGUAACUGUUGGUUGGAUGCGGGCAAGUUGGCGGAGAAGGUUCGGGAGUAUAGGGAGGAGGGGUGUGAGGUGGAGUUGGUGGAGGUGAGGGAGGCGUAUAGGAGGUGUUUUGAGAAGAUUAGGGAGGAUGGGGGGAGGCAGAGUCGGGCUGGGGCUGAUGGGGUUGCUGUUGUUGAGGGGGAUGAUGUUAAGAUGCCGGAUGCUAAGAGGCAGAAGGUUAGGGAGGAGGAGGAGGAGAAGGUUGUUGUUGAGUGA